AGGUGCCCAGACAAUGAGACAUCAGGUGCCUAGACAAUGAGACACCAGGUGCCCAGACAAUGAGACACCAGGUGCCCAGACAAUGAGACACCAGAUGCCCAGACUGAAUCGCUUAAAAAUGAGCUUUCUAUCAACAGAGUAGGGCGGGAGAUCAUGUCAAUCAUGUUGUAAUUUCAGAUCAGAUGUAGAUCAGAUCUCUGUUGCGCUACCUGAUGACUCUAAAGCCGACAUGUUUCAGUUUCCUCGUCAUCAGAGUAGUGAGGAACACAACCCUAACGCCCUGAACUCACAACUGAUGACGUCACACAUCUGUACACAUACAACAGAUCAACAAGGCUCCUGUCCUGCUUGGCGAAUGCGUAUAGUUGGAUCAUACAAUGUCACGUGUCUUUCAUAGCUGUGACGUGGAGUCUUGGUCAUGUUUAAACACAUGUCGAGGCUGUGGGAGUCACAAGGAGUCAGUGACGUGGUUCUAUUUUUAGCUCUCUUUGAGAAUGUUACGUGUGUCUAAUUUUAGAACAAUUAUACCUUCAGUAUCCAGAUACGUUAUCGUGCAGGUUUCUGGGACGAUCUACUGAUGAUGAAAUGUGCGGAGAAUUAUUGACUACAGAACAAAGAGCCAGAACCCGUCUGUAUUCAUGACUCCAAGCAUGAAGGUUGUCGCUGUCAUGGCGGUGUCUUGGAACAUCAUCCUGCUAGGCGCACUGGUGGGUGUGGUGAUGAACGUUGGUGCCGGAGGCGGGCAGAAUAAUCCGGACGUCGAACACGAUGUCAAACAAGCCAUCCAACAUGCUGAUGCCGACCUGGUGACAAGCGAGCGAGAGAUUGAAAUGCUACAUCGACUUGCGAGCCGGAGUGAAUCUUCUCUCAAACCAGCUUGUCAUCUCGCACCUGCCCUUCACCAUACUCCAGACGGCAACAAUCCUGGACUGCACUGGCGCUACAACACAGAAAUCAACUUCUUGAACUCCGUGGACCUUGCCCCCGACGGCUCGGUGGUGAUCAGACACCCAGGAUUUUAUCUCAUCUACGCAAGGGUAGUAUUGAUGAAUGCCCGUGUAUCACCCCCGUCAUAUCACAAGAUUGCGUGCAAGGACGAGUCGACUGACCGGGUAGUGACCACCAGUGUGGUGUUGCUGGACGCAUCUGGUCAAGCCAUCACUGCGGCGCAGGACACCCAGGCCAGUCAGUCGGCGCCGGGUACCUACCCCUGCCGGGCCACCUUCCUCCAGUCUCACGUCAACAUCCGUGACGUCACUAGGAUCAUGCUGGUGUCCAACAUCGGGGCCAACCUGGACACAUCUCCACACAGAACAUACCUCGGCAUGUUUCGCACCUAGCAUACAACCCCACUGCCGUUGUCAGGGAGUGAGUGAGUGUGGUUUUACGCCGCGUUAAGCAAUAUUCCAGAAAUAUCACGGUGAGGGGUCAUCAUAAAUGGACUCCACACAUUUUCUUCAGAUGGGGAUCGAACCCGGGUCUCCGCCGUGACGAGAGGACCCUUUCACCACUUGGCUGCCCACAUACAUCUGUUGUUGUUUCAUCAAGUAGUACAGACUGAUGGUGUACUUACCACGUUGUCGGGGCGAUGGGGUAGCCCAGUGGUUAAGCUUUCCCUCGUCAAGCUGAAGACCCGGGUUCGAAUCCCAACAUGGGUACAAGCUCAUUUCUGGUGUGCCUAGAAUAUUGCUGGCAUAUUGCCAAAAGCGGCGUAAAACCAAACUCACUCAAUUACUCACCAGAACUUCAGUUGCUCAUCACAAACGUUUACGAAGUUCAUAAAUAAGUCUUCAGUUGCUUGUAAAUCAAUCAGGGCCAACGUGGAGUUUUCAUGUGUUGAUAAGAUGUGAUUAGAGGAAGAGUUGGGUAUUUGAAGUGAACUGAAAACAAAAGUCAAUCAUUUCAUUUGCAUACAGAGCCAGCUGGAGGUGUUACAUUGAGAUGUCUUACAUUCUGAGCAUUUACAGUUUCUACAAGCAUUACAUUUUUCACUUCUAUUUUUUUAGCAGUUUUUAUUUAUUUUAUUAUAUUUUACAUGACAAUUGCAAUAAUGAUACUUGAGCUAAGUGUUGACAUGCCAAUUGCCAGUAAAUAUGUUAUGACACAAUAACCGGCAUUGAUAAAAGUAGUGAAAUCAGGAACCUAAGAUGGUUGAACAUGUGAGGACAGAGUUGAGUUCUUGCUGCAAGAACCAGAAACUUGGUUUACGCUUAGUGGAUUUAUAGCUGAAUAUGACAGAUUUGAAAAUAAUUAGAAUUACGUGUAUUGGGUCGGGUUUUGUUGGAAAGACAAAGCAGAAUAUAUGUCUUAUUUCAGUUUGUCUUGAAAGCAGCUUCGAAGGCCUGGCUAGUGUUAGAUGUAGAUUCCCAAAUGGGAACAUAAAUCUGUACCUAAAAGAAUUUAGUGUGAAACCAACAAACAACCGACACGUGGUAUACCAUCAACAAUUUAAUUACACAAUUAACUAGGUUUACAAUUCAAUACACAUGACUACACAUCAAUUACAAUCGCAGUAUGCAAUGGCAG